AAGUAGUCUAGAUGUGUUCCUUGAUUAUUCAAUCUCAAUGAUCAGUCUUCCAGCUAUUAUAGCAUUGUURGUGAUUGUGCUAUGUUUUGUUGUUCGGGUUUUUAAUCUCACCGAUAAAGUCCUAAUGCCUAAGACGUUUGACUCAAAUAGCGAGUUUGUCAAAGCUGUGAAGUCUUCGUGUUCAUUUCUACGCGAAAGUUAUGUUCCUCCAGUAUGGGGAAGAAGUGGUCAUGUACAAACUUUAUUUGCAAGUCAAGUUGGUCGUGUGAAUCCUCCAAAGUUACAGGGUAGACAUCAUGAGGUUAGGAUGGAAGAUGGUGCUACAAUGACGUUUGAUGUUUAUGAGCCUGAUGACACCAAGCCAGAAGAGAAAUUAAAUACAAUUAUUGUGGUACCUGGGAUUGCAAACUGUAGCGAUACCAAGUAUGUGCGCACCUUUGCUGGACUUGCUUUAAAACAUAAUUUUCGAGUUGCUGUCUUGGACCAUCUUGGGGCAAGAGAGAAUAUUGAGCUGACAUCCCCUAGAAUUUUCACAUAUGGUAGUACAAAUGAACUGGUCAUGCUGGUAAAACAGGUUAUAGCAAGAUAUAAUUGUUAUCAUCUAAUYGGUGUUGGGUUUUCAAUGGGAGCGAAUGUCCUUCUUAAAUAUCUUGGGGAAGAACCAAGCAGACAAAAGGACUUCACUUGUGCAGUGUCAGUUUGCCAAGGGUAUGACAUUAUCAGUGCUUGCCAGUAUUUUGAAGACUGGGAAGGUGCAAGGAGGUUMUAUAGCUACAUGAUGACUCAGAACAUGAAACACUUGAUAUUACGGAAUGAACACAUGCUGUUCAAAGAUCCUGAAAUGUCUGCUUGCAAGUCUAAGAUGCUAAGUGCGACAUCUUUGAAAGAGCUUGAUGAGGCUUUCAACAGGAGAAUGGCUCGUUUCGACGAUUUAUUAACAUUUUAUGAAGAGAAUAGUAGCUGUAACUAUCUUCCCAAGRUCAAGAUGCCAUUGUUAUUGAUAAAUGCUCGCGAUGAUCCCAUAGUUCCAGAGCAGUUGUUUGAGGCUCCCCURAGACAUGUUGAGGAAAAUCCAGAAGCAAUGUUUGUUGUAACCCAGCAUGGCGGUCACCUUGGGUACUACGAAAGUGGUGGAUUGUUUGGCGUUAGUGAAAUCACAUGGAUGGACAAGUCGAUAAUGCAGUAUAUUUUAGCAGUAAUGUGUGUCACUAGUCAUAACAGUAACAAAAAGCCGUAUAGCUAGCCCUCUUAGUAUUACAAUAACAACGAUAGCGUAUCAUUUACCCGAGCAGAAGGUGGAUUACUUCAUACAAAAGUGAUAUAUCUCUAAAAUAAUUUUUUUGUUCAAAUCGCGGUACUUCAAGAAUCUGCAAACUCWMGAUUGUCCCAUCUCUGGGUAACAUACAUAUUAUUUAAGAAUUCAUUGAUCCUUACAUUACAGUUUAGCUUUUCCUAUUUUCCAAAAACCCGUGAAAUAGAUAUUACACCAAGGUGUAUUUGUGUAAUAUCCAUUUCACGGUUUUUUUUACUUUCAUUUAAUUAAGAAACUAAUGAUCCUAAUGACAACAUUUUUUCGUUUUUUAUUUUGCUUUUCUCUGUGCACGAGAGACUGUUGUCAACUAAAACAGCGGUCUCUCGCUUUGAACGGGAUGAGAAAUAUGUGUAUUUGGUUGGUACUUUUUCCCUGUGCUUGCAACGAAACACUCUUACAUAGCAAUCAUUACAGAAAGAGGUAAUUAUUGAAYUUAUUUUUCAACAAUGGAUAUGAACAAACAAAUUUAAGAUUGUAAAGUUAAAAUGAUUACUCGCUAGUCUAAAAUAUCUUUAUUUAUUAUUUUUCUAUCAAAGUUAUUCUCCUAAAAUAGGCAUAAGCAAUCGACUUAGUUUUCUAAUAAUGUAAAAAUUUGUAAAUUAAAAUUUAAAAUAGUUAAAUAAAUAAUUUGCCAAUUAUAACGCUAAAAAUACUACUGAUGUU